AUGUUGGCGUUGUUGCUCCUGCUCACUUCCACGGCGGCGCUCGUGGUGCAAGAGAGGCAGCCCGUCCCGCGCGAGUGGACGAGGGUGGGCCCGGCGCCGGCGCACGACCAACUGGUGCUGCACAUCGGUCUGCGGCAGGCCAACUCUGCGGCCCUCGAGCGGCACCUGGCGCGCAGCAGCAGCAUCCUUUCCAAGGACGAGACGGACGAGCUGGUGCGGCCGUCGGCUGAGGCGUUUUGGGCGGUGGAGCAGUGGCUGGCCCAGCACGGCGUUGUCGACUACACGUACGCUUCGUCGGCGCGCGAUUGGCUGACGGCGCGGGUGCGCGUCGACACGGCCGAGCGGCUGCUGGGCACCGAGUACCACGUCUACCGCCACGAGGGCGAUGGCGACGAGCUGGUGCGCGCGCCCGUCUGGUCGCUGCCCGCCAACGUCGCUCCCCACGUCGACACGGUGCAGCCGACGACCGUCUUCCUGCGACGACAGGCCCGCGCGCCCCCGUCGCACGCCGACCUCGCCCAAGCCGACGUGCAAGAGCUGGGCCAUAUUCCCGUGCCCGACCAGGCCGACCUGCCCGACGCGCCCUCGCCCGCCCAGGCGUGCAACCCGCUGGCCGUGUCGCCGCUGUGCCUGCGCGCCCUGUACGGCUCCCUUGGCUACCGCCCUCCGGCCCCCGCCGUCGGCAACAGCUUCGCCAUAGUCAACUUCCUCGACGAGGUCAACAACCGCUCCGACGUCGACCUCUUCUUGCGCGCCUACCGCAAAGACGCCGCCCGCGACAAGGCCGCCUACCGCUUCACCACCGAGACGGUCGCCGGCGGCCUCGACGACCAGAAGCCCAACCCCGACCUCGGCUACGAGGGCGCCCUGGACGCCCAAGCCGCUCUGGGCGUUGGCCAUCCCACGCCGCUGGUGGCGUACAACGUGGGCGCGCGCCCGCCGCCCUUCCGUGAGUCGGCCUUCACCCCGCGCAACCGCAACGAGCCAUACCUCGCCUGGCUGCACCAUGUUCUGGCCCAGCCGCCGUCGACCCUGCCGCUCGUCAUGUCCAUCUCGUACGCCGACGAGGAGCAGACGGUGCCGCCCUCGUACGCUCGCCGCGUGUGCAAUGCCUUUGCCCAGCUGGGCGCCCGCGGCGUCACGGUGCUCGUGAGCAGCGGCGACGAGGGCGUCGGCCACGCCGGCAACUGCUCCGCCACCCAAGACGGCCGCCCUGCCUUCCUGCCCACCUUCCCCGCCUCGUGUCCCUACGUCACCGCCGUCGGCGCCACCCGCCACGUCGACCCGGAGCUCGUCGCCUUCGACGCCCGCACCGGCUUCGUCUCCGGCGCCGGCUUCAGCAACUACUUUGCCCGGCCCGCCUACCAGGACGCUGCCGUGCUCCCGUACGUCGACACCGUCUUGGGCCCGGACAAACACGCCGGCAUGUGGAACCCGCGCGGGAGGGCCGUCCCGGACAUCGCCGCCGCCGGAUACCACUACACCAUCAUGUGGAACGGGACGGCGAGGCUGACCGACGGGACGAGCGCCUCGGCCCCUACUGUUGCCGCCAUUGUGGCCCUCGUCAACGACGCUCUGCUGGCCGCCGGCCACGCGCCUCUCGGGUUUUUGAACCCUUGGCUGUACGACAAGGGAUGGCGCGGCUUCACUGACAUUGUCCACGGGAACGCGACGGGAUGCGGCACCGAUGGCUUCCCUGCAGCGCCAGGGUGGGACGCGGCAUCUGGAUUUGGCACGCCUUGGUUUCCAAGACUGAAGGAACUUGCUUUUGAGCUGAGAGAGCAGCGGCGUCCAUGGUAUUAUGGCGAUGGUUGA